GCUCGCUCCUCUCCGGCCAGCCGGGUCUUUGGCACUGAGCUCUCCGGAGGAGGCCGUCGGGGGGCGGGCUCGGUGACGUCCCAAGGGGCGGGGGGCGGUGCGCUGGCUCCGCGCCCUCCCCGCCUCCUUCGGGUGCCGGCUCCGUGGGUCCUCGGGAGAUGCUGCCGCCGCCGCCGCCGCCUUUGCGGUUUCCGUGCACGCAGCUGCGGGUCCCUCCGCUCCACCGCCGAGGCGCCGCGGCGAACGAGGGCGCACCCGAGCCGAGCCAUGCAGCCGGGAGCCGCGCUGCAAGCCAUGCUGUUGGCCGCGCUGCUGGCGGGGCCCCGGGGCGCCACCGGUCGCCUGCUAAGCGCCUCGGACUUGGACCUCAGAGGAGGGCAGCCGGUCUGCCGGGGAGGGACACAGAAGCCUUGCUAUAAAGUCAUUUACUUCCACGACGCUUCUCGAAGACUGAACUUUGAGGAAGCCAAGGCAGCCUGCAGGAGGGAUGGAGGCCAGCUGGUGAGCAUCGAGUCUGAGGAUGAGCAGAGACUGAUAGAAAAGUUCAUUGAAAACCUCCUGGCGUCUGACGGCGAUUUCUGGAUCGGGCUCAGGAGGCGUGAGGAGAAACAGAGCAAUGGCACAGCCUGCCAGGACCUUUAUGCUUGGACCGAUGGCAGCACGUCAACAUUCAGGAACUGGUACGUGGAUGAGCCUUCUUGCGGCAGCGAGGUCUGCGUGGUCAUGUACCAUCAGCCAUCGGCACCUGCUGGCAUCGGGGGCCGCUACAUGUUCCAGUGGAAUGACGACCAAUGCAACAUGAAGAACAAUUUCAUUUGCAAAUAUUCUGAUGAGAAGCCAACAGCUCCUUCUACAAAGCCUGGAGGUGAAGGAACAGAGCCAGCAACACCCAUGCUUCCAGAAGACACAGGGAAAGAAGAUGCCAGAGAGACUUUUAAAGGAAACAAAGAAGCUGCCUUAAAUCUUGCUUACAUUCUAAUCCCCAGCAUCGUCCUUCUCCUUGUGGUCAUCACAGUUGUGUGUUGGGUUUGGAUCUAUAGAAGGAGGAAAGGGGAGCAGCCAGGCCCCAGCACGAAGGAGCAGCACACCAUCUGGCCCUCUCCUCAUGCGGGGAACAGCCCAGACCUAGAGGUUUACAACAUCAUUCGAAAACAAAGUGAAGCCGAUUUGGCUGAGACCCGGCCAGACCUGAAGAACAUUUCAUUCCGAGUGUGUUCGGGAGAAGCCACUCCCGAUGACCUGUCUUGUGACUAUGACAACAUGGCCGUGAACCCAUCCGAAAGUGGAUUCGUGACUCUGGCGAGCGUGGAGAGUGGCUUUGUGACCAAUGACAUUUACGAGUUCUCCUCAGACCGAACGGGGAGGAGCAAGGAGUCUGGAUGGGUGGAAAAUGAAAUAUAUGGUUAUUAGGGCACAUGAAAAACACUUGAACAAAUGGAAAUGGGAACGAAAAGAGGAGCAAAACUCUCCUAUUUUCUGUGAGGAAAAGAGAAUGUGUAUGAAAAUGCUCAGUUCGGGUCUUGGGGGUAAGCAUGUGACCCCCGGUUAGCCCCUGUUGGAUCCCCAAGUUUGGCCAAAUCCCCAACCCCAGCUCCUCACCCAGAUCAGCCUUAUGAGAAAGCACCUUGCCCACGGUCAGGCACAUAGUAGAAAAGAAAUGUCAAUCGACUGGUUCUAUCUGACUUUCAAGGGAGAGUGACUUCCCUGGCAGGGAUAAGUUUGAGGCUGUGGGACUUGGGAAAGCCAUCUCUGGGUUCUGGUUUUCUCGCUCUG